GAAGAACGCUUAGUUCCUUCUAUUUAUUCUAGAGGAGGGGUACGAUAGACUGCGAUCAGCUGAACAAGAACAAGUGUCAACUGUUGUCGAUAACUCCGACUGACGGUCGUCUUCAACAGCAUAGAAGACGUGCAGAGAACUGAAUGGGUGUUAGAACAUGCGUUAUCGAGUGGCCGACUGUUGCUCCACACUGGUCGUUUAGGGAGCUCUAAGCUUCGGCAAAAAGUGCUAGCUCGUUCGGAGCUACAGUGUAUGCCAAACAUUUGGGUGGCAUAAACUGCUACGGGUGUCGCUAUCAAUGAAACAACGACAAAGACCUGUAACAGCAUUAAAUGGAACGGCGCAAGUCCUUCAGCACAAACAAUAGCGUUGACAUCAGCAGCAGCGGUGUUCGCCUUAGCUGUUACACUAAGUGCUCGGAACUGUCUAUGCAGGUAACAGCGACUCAUGGCAGGCUCUUGGUGCUGUGACCUGAUAAAAGAACAAACCACGAUCAAAUGAAUAGUGUGCUCUACAUCCUCUCGUCCUCUUGAUUGAGAUGAGCUUUCGACCAAAUUUGACUAGCGAGCAUUGAAGGGACAAGUUAGGUUUUGUUCCCCUUCGAGUUUACUGGUGAUCUGGUUUAAGUGUCGUUCGUUCAAACAUUUUUUCAAUGAAGGUGCCACCAUUCAAUGGGGUUUUGCAGAAUACGAGCGGUUUUAUUUUGUCUUCCCGGAGAAAAUCAAAGUACGAAAUCUAAACAAAUCGCAGCAGGCGUCCAUCAUAAAAAAUGGCCAGUAUUUAGGAAGUGAUUACAUCGACGAAAAACUAGAAACUGCAGUAAUGAUUAUUAGUGCCAUUCCAAAUCUAUUCGCAUGUGUAUCGGACUAUAUUUAACCCAGUGAAGUAGUGAGAGAGCUAUGGUUUAAUAGAUCCUCCACAGAAUUCUUGCUCAAGAAACGAAUGUCAUUUUCACCUCUGUUAAAUACCUCAAUGGAAGUGAUAUUAUGCGGUCCAUUAACAUCGAGUGUAACUAAAAGGACUCGCUUACGCUGGAGUCCUAUACCUAUGUAAAGGUUGUGUCAUCAUGUGAGUCGUGUCCGUGUGCGUGUGUGCAAGUGUCGUUACAUUAUUAGGUACAUUUUCGACCAAUGUAGUUAACAUCGUCUUGAACACUUGUUUUCUUCUUUCCGAGUUUCCCUGUCCAGUACAACUCGUAUCCCCUCACCUAGCCCCAUCUCCCCCUGACACGGUCCGCGCCGACCGUUUUCCGAUGCGGGUCUAGACACCACAGUCGAUAUUCGGUGUUCCAGUUGCGUUUAUUGCAAACGGCCUUUUCCAGCAGUGAUUGAUUCGCUGGACUGCUGAGGCAGGUAGCAAUUGACAGCCACCAUUAUAGCAACGAUCGUUUUCCGGUUGAGCACCUAGAAACGGCUUCGUGAUGGUCAAGCCGUUCAUCGGUUUUGACGAGGUCCUCCGCGAUUCUCCGCGCUUCAGGGAUAGUCUGCUUAAAAAUGAGCAUAACAUCGAGGACUUCGAGACGAAAAUCGAACGAGUCGUUAAGACCUGUAUGGCAAUGGUGGAGCAGGGACGGGUGUACAAUAAUGCCAUGCGUCUAUUUUUCGACUCAGUCGCCGAAAUGGGCAAGCACUUCAAAGAUGACGUACAGAUCAAGGGCUGGAUUGGGGAUAUAGUAAAAGUUGGAAGAGAUCUCAUCGAUUUCUUCAUGAUACUUGUCGACCACAGUGAACGAAGCUUCGCAAAAACCUUAACGAAUUUUAUCAAAGAUGAUGUUAAAAAACUCAGGGAAGUACACGGAGCAUUUACAAAGAUCUCGUCGGAACUGGAUGGCUCCCUGCAACGCCAUGCGCAGCUUCCCAAAAACAAGAGCGUCGAGCUCGAGGAGACGGGGAAGUUGCUCACGGCGAAUAGAACUUGCUUUCAGCACACAGCUCUCGAAUACGUCGGAAUGCUCAGUCGCGUGCAGGCUGCCAAACGACACAAGAUGAUGGAAGCGUUGCUUGGCCAAAUGCACGCCAUACGUACAUUUCAUUCGCAGGCAUUAAAAACAUUCGCUGAAUACGAAGCACCGCUCGAGGGUGCGUCGAAGCACUUUGCUGAUAUGCGAAUGAGCUAUGAACGGGAAUGUAUGACCCUUUCAAAGUGUGCACAAGAUACUCGGCGUGGCCCGCCUCAACAGCUCUGUCCUGAAGUUGAAACGUACCUUCGGCAGGUUACCGGAGAGCCACACUGUCCGGCAAGCGGAGGUCCCACAGGACAUCAGCUUGAGGGGUAUCUGUUCAAACGGACAACGAAUGCGUUCAAAACGUGGAACAGGCGGUGGUUCGUUCUUGAUAAUGGGUCUUUAUCGUAUGUAAAACGUGAUGGAGACCCAAGGGAUGUGACAGUCAUGGAGCACGAUUUGAGAUUAUGUACAGUUAAGGAGAUUUUAGAUGGCGAGCGACGCUUCUGUUUCGAGGUACUGUCUCCGCACAAAACCCACGCAUUGCAAGCCGACUCGGAAAAAGCACAAAAGAUGUGGGUUGAAGCACUGAAGCAAGGUAUUAACAACGCACACAACCAGAAUGAGGCGCACGCUAAGCGGCUUGCGUCAUCCUCGGAGUUUCUCGCUGCACCUGGUAAUGAGAGGUGUGUCGACUGUGGAGCUAAAAAUCCGGAAUGGGCUAGUGUAAAUCUGGGCGCAACUCUUUGUAUUCAAUGUUCGGGUAUCCACCGUUCACUCGGGGUGCACAUCUCUAAAGUUCGGUCGUUGAAGCUCGAUUCGUGGGAAGAAGAUACCAUGAGAAUUAUGGAGCGAUUAGGAAAUGAUGCCGUGAACAAGGUGUUCGCGUAUCAAGUGGAUGAGAGCAUGCGUGCCCAGCCCGACUCCGAGCGCGAAUUUCGAGAAGCGUGGAUUAGGGCUAAAUAUCUCGAACGACGGUUUGUUAGACCUUUGAUAUCAAAUGAUAUCCCGGAAAACGAAACGCAGAACAUCACUCGUUGGGUCGUUGCCAGAUCUGGUUACAGACGACGCUGCAUUCCUGGCAAAGGUGUGCUGGUGUUCGGGGAAGACAUAAAUCGAAAUUGUACUUCAUCUGCCCCUCAAGCACCCCCUGGCUCCUCUGAAGAGGAUGAAGUAGAGUUAGAGACAUUCCCCAUGUCAGAUUUCACACCUUCUCGCCUGCUCUACGAAGCUGCGGGGGCGGACAAUCUUAAUGCAAUGCUACAUGCUCUAGCCUGUGGAGCCGAACCGAAUUAUCGAUGCGAAGAGGAUAGACUGCGUACAUCAUUGCACAAGGCGAUUGCCGACGGCCCAUGGGUAGCAGCUGCAGAAUUUUUGCUACUGAAUGGAGCGCAGCAUACAGCUGUGGAUCUAGAAGGACUCACGCCGCUGCACCUCGCUUCCAGAGCGUCGUCUGUAGCCCUCGUUGGGCUUCUUUUAAAAAAGGGGGCCGACCGCGACGCGCUUGAUCGUGAAGGAAAUUCUGCGUUAGCCCUUGCGGUUGCUAACGGAAACGCGGAAGUAGUCACACUUAUAAGGCUGGACCAGUUCCGAGAUGACCUCAAACUAGAAGACUCAGACUUCAGCACUGGCGGGGACGUCUUUGAAAAGGCCUUGCGGGAUUUUAGCAGUAAAGGACGAGAUGCGUCGGGCAGAGCCUCCGUUCCUCCUGCCGGCGCCGCGACUGCUACCACCACUACCGCAAUCUAGACGAAAGUUCAAUGCUAAUAAUCACAAUUGUCAAAACAUUAUUGCGAAGCGUUGCGUUUCCAGAUCGCUAGCCUAGCAGACCUUCGAUUUAUGCCUUGGCCAUAAAUACAGUUGGAUAGAAAUCUGAAAAGGACCAGUGUCCUACGCAGUAUACACAAUACAAAAUGGCAGCAGCUAGCAAGCCAAUCAUCGAAUGAAGUUUCAGAAAAUCGGUUUCAGCGGGACUAGCUCUUACAUCGAACACAUUGGACAAUUUUGAAAAUUUGAGGCUAUUCACUACUAGCGUAAACGAAAAUAAUAAUAUAGAUGAGCGUUCACGUCUAAAAGGCAGACGUUUAUGAAGGGCAGUUUUGGCCUUAGAGGUCGACAGCGUCAGUUCUAAGGUGAAAAUUACCGCAGUGUGGGUAUACUAUUAUAUAAUAUGCUGACGGGGUGAAAUCUCGAACGAUAACUUUUCAACCGCUCGAAACUUAUUGAUGAUUGAGUCUUAACUUCAUUACGACAAUGUUUGCUUUACUGUUCGCUAUACGGGAUAGCAAUGGCGUAUGAGCUUCGGUUGAUAAGACUAACCAAAAUGCAUAGCCCCCCGUAUGGCGAUUCGGAUGUCGGAUGCCAUUAUUUGCUAUUGUAAUUAUUGAUUGUCUCAUUGAUUUGUAGAUUAUUUGAAUACUGGAUUAUUAUUAUGUACAUAUAUAAGUAAUGUUUCUAGCUUCGUUUUGAAGCUCACCAUUGAGUCUUCGUUAAUGAAACGCGAUAAAGCGUACCAUCGAACGUCUAGCUGCGUAUGUCACAUGCCUGUAUGAUUCAGUGGUGUGUAGGACCGUAUUGAAUCACUGUUGCAAUGGUACGCCGAUCGAGCAGAAAUACAAUGAAUGCAAUUGUAGCCCGGUGUUUAGCGUAAUAAUGCGCUGGAUACACUGUUGUGGGCUGCUUUCCUGGAACAUCACGUUCGGCUCAGUUGUCUGAGGCCGUCCAUGUAAAGGAAUCAAUGGAAAUUUGUUGCAGGCAGUAAUCCGUUUCUACAACACCCUAUCUGCGUAUAGGACAUCAUCUCUACUAGUAUUAAUUACGUUUUAGUGAUAAAUGAAACAAAAUAUAAAUAAAUAGUAUAGAUAAAAAUCUCGCUGGGCUUCAAUCUAAUUAAGUGCACACAAUCGUUCUCUAGGUGAGCCUUUAAGACGAAUAAAUUCAACUUCUUACCUUAAUAACAUAACUGCAACAUAAUAAUCUGUUGCUUAUCCAAACGUUACUCAGCAAUCUAAAACAUUUUUUUUCUCCAUCGCCUUGCUCUAAUACAAAAAUUCCUGGUCUGUUCCAGGCCCCAAAACACAUAUACCAAUUCGGAUGCAAAAUUAAAAAAGACAUUAAUUGUACACAAGACAACCUGAAAGCCUUUUACAUAUAUAAAUGAUAUGAAAACUCAUAUUGAAAAAAUCGCAUGAAAACCGAAUAAAACCUUAAUCGAUUUUAGAAGAAUGCUUGAAAGCUUCAGAGAACAGAAAAAAAAAAACUUCUAAGGAAAAAUAACGAACACUGUUUUUGAAUCAGUCUCUACUAAUUUAGCAGUAGAUGAUCACUGGC